GCCUGCUCUAAACUCCAAUGCGAGGCCGGAGGACUGCUCUGUGCCCCGGCUGUCCCUCCCCUCCUCCCCCCUCUGAAUAAAAUCCAUGGCCCUCCCACAUUUCCUCUCUCGCCUGGCUCUCUUCUUUUUGAUUCUCGUCUCUUGGUCUUUUUGCUUCCAUAUCAUCUUCUUCAAAAACCUUUGAGCAGCGGUUUAGUCCAGCUGCAUCUACCACCACAUCGCAUAGCGUUUCAUAUCACGACGCCAACCUGACCACUGAUUCUUCUGUCACGCUGCAAUUGAAGCAUUGCAUUCCGAACAGAGCAGCCUCCGCUACCGCACCGCGCGCUGCCAUCCUCUCCCCGCUCCAACUUGACCGGAGCGUUUUCAAUUCACUUUUUGCAUCCAUUCUCCCCCUCUUACUCGGGUCCACGACUCGAACUCCUCGCCUAGCAUGCGUCUAACCGAGGAUUUCGACGACAGACAAAUUCAUUCUGAAGCCGAACAAGAACAGUACACCCCCUACCAGUACCAGGAAGAAAACAAUGGCUCCUGGGCCGGGGCACUGCCCGUGAAGCAGGGUCUCUACGACCCAUCUCUUGAAAAAGAUGCUUGUGGUGUCGGUUUCGCCUGUCACAUUAAGGGCAAGGCCAGUCACAAGAUUGUUAGCGAUGCUCGCAACUUGCUGUGCAACAUGACCCAUAGAGGAGCUGUCGGCUCCGAUGCCAGAGACGGCGACGGUGCUGGUGUCAUGACCUCUGUCCCUCAUAGAUUCUUCAUCAAGAACUUUGAAAAGGAGGAAAACAUUAAGCUCCCCCCUCUUGGUCAAUAUGCCGUUGGUAACUUGUUCUUCAAGCCUGACGAAGAGACUUUUGAGGAGUCCAAGAAGCAACUGGAAGAUGUUGCUGAUUCGUUGGGUAUGCGAGUUCUUGGCUGGCGUCGCCCUCCUGUGGACUCAAGCUUGCUCGGCCCUGCUGCCAAGUCUCGCGAGCCCAUCAUUGCACAGCCUUUUGUUGUACUCAAGUCAGUCUACGGCGCUGGCGUCGAGCCUGAAACGACCGACCCAGAGAAGUUUGACGACCGACUUUUCGAGCGACAGCUCUACGUCCUCCGCAAGCGCGCCACACACGCUAUUGGCUUACACAACUGGUUCUAUAUCUGCUCACUCUCCAACAAGAACAUCGUGUACAAGGGUCAACUGGCACCCAUCCAGGUUUACUCCUACUACCACGAUUUGGUCAACGCCGACUACGAGGCACACUUCGCCCUCGUCCACUCUCGAUUCUCUACAAACACUUUCCCUUCUUGGGAUCGUGCCCAGCCUUUGCGAUGGGCAGCCCACAACGGUGAAAUCAACACCUUGCGAGGCAACAAAAACUGGAUGCGUGCCAGAGAAGGCGUUAUGCAGUCCGAUGUUUUCCAAGACGAACUGGAAAUGAUGUACCCAGUCGUCGAAGAAGGAGGCUCUGACUCCGCCGCCUUUGACAACGUUCUUGAGUUGCUCACCAUUAACGGUGUCUUGUCUCUUCCAGAAGCCGUGAUGCUCAUGGUCCCUGAAGCCUGGCAAGGCAAUGAUCAAAUGGACCCCAAGAAGGCUGCCUUCUACGAAUGGGCUGCCUGCCAGAUGGAACCUUGGGACGGCCCCGCGCUGUUUACCUUUGCCGAUGGUCGAUACUGCGGUGCCAACCUGGAUCGUAACGGUCUUCGACCUUGCCGAUUCUACGUCAUGGAUGAUGACAGGAUUAUCUGCGCUUCUGAAGUCGGUACCAUCCCCGUUGAGCCAGAGUCCGUUAUUCAGAAGGGUCGUCUGCAACCUGGUCGCAUGCUUUUGGUCGACACCGUCGCUGGACGCAUCAUUGACGAUAAAGAACUCAAGGAAGCUGUCUCUAGCCGACAGGAUUUCCGCUCCUGGCUCGAUCGUGAGCUGCUUAGUAUGCCCACUGUCUUGUCCACACUUGAAGCCAAGUCCGAUCUCAGCCCCAAGCUGAACAGCACUCCUCUCCAGGAAGAUCCCUUGCUACUAGCUUUUGGCUACACUCAUGAGCAGGUGUCUCUCCUUCUGGCUCCUAUGGCCGCCGAUGAGAAGGAGGCUUUGGGAUCCAUGGGUAACGAUGGUCCUCUUGCAUGCCUUACACAGUCUCCUCGCCUUCUUUACGAUUACUUCCGUCAGCUCUUCGCCCAAGUCACGAACCCGCCGAUCGAUCCUAUCAGAGAAUCUAUUGUCAUGUCUCUUGAGUGUUACGUUGGACCACAGGGCAACCUGUUGGAAAUGGAUGCCUCCCAGUGUGGCCGUCUCCAUCUCCCUAGCCCUAUCUUGUCUAUUCCUGAGUUCAACGCCGUCAAGAACCUUGCCACCAUCAACGCUGAGUGGACUGUUAAGACCAUUGAUCUGACAUUCCCCAAGUCCGAGGGUGUACAUGGCUACAUUGCCCAACUCGAUGUUAUCUGCAAGGAGGCAACUGCCGCCAUCGAGGCCCGUGACCGUAUCAUUGUUCUCUCAGAUCGCGGCACCUCUGCUGAUCGUGUUGCUGUUUCUGCUGUUCUUGCAUCCGCUAUGGUUCACCAUCACUUGGUCGCAAACAAGUGGCGAUCCAUGGCUGCCAUCAUUGUUGAGACUGCUGAAGCUAGAGAAGUUCACCACAUGUGUGUUCUCCUCGGUUAUGGUGCUGAUGGUAUCAACCCUUACCUCGCUAUGGAGUGUAUCCUCAAGCUGAACCGCGAAGGCCUCAUCAAGAAGAAGCUUACCGACGAUGCUCUAAUUCACAACUACAAACACUCUUGUGAUGGUGGUAUUCUAAAGGUUAUGAGCAAGAUGGGUAUUUCCACCUUGGCUUCCUAUAAGGGUGCCCAAAUCUUCGAAGCUCUCGGUCUCGACGAGUCUGUCGUAGAACGCUGCUUCCGUGGUACUGCCUCUAGAAUCCAAGGUAUGACCUUUGAACAGAUUGCCGAAGAUGCAUUCCGCUUCCACGAACGUGGUUUCCCUUCGCGCUACACUGUGGGAAUCAAGGCCCUUCCCGAGUCUGGCGAGUACCACUGGCGUGACGGUGGUGAGCCCCAUCUCAACGACCCUACAUCUAUUGCCAACAUUCAAGAUGCUGUCCGUACCAAGAACGACAAGUCUUACGAGGCAUACUCUCGUUCUGAAUACGAGCAGAUUAAGCACUGCACCCUCCGCGGUUUGCUUGAUUUCAACUUCGACGACCGCACACCAGUUCCCAUUGACCAGGUUGAGCCUUGGACUGACAUUGUCCGCCGUUUCUGCACUGGCGCCAUGUCUUACGGUUCCAUCUCCAUGGAGUCUCACUCUACUCUUGCCGUUGCCAUGAACCGUCUUGGUGGCAAGUCAAACACUGGUGAGGGUGGUGAGGAUCCUGAGCGAUCUCAGCGACUUCCCAACGGUGAUACCAUGCGCUCCGCUAUUAAGCAGGUUGCCUCUGGUCGCUUUGGUGUCACAUCUGCUUACCUAGCUGAUUCUGACGAGCUUCAAAUUAAGAUGGCUCAGGGUGCCAAGCCCGGUGAGGGUGGUGAACUUCCCGGUCACAAGGUGUCCAAGUCUAUUGCUCGCACACGCCACUCCACCCCCGGUGUCGGUCUCAUCUCCCCUCCCCCUCACCACGACAUUUACUCCAUCGAAGAUUUGAAGCAGCUCAUCUACGAUCUUAAGUGCUCUAGCCCUAGAUCCAGAGUUUCCGUGAAGCUUGUUUCGGAAGUCGGUGUCGGUAUUGUCGCUUCUGGUGUCGCAAAGGCCAAGGCUGACCACAUCCUCAUUUCUGGUCACGAUGGUGGCACCGGUGCCUCUCGCUGGACUGGUAUCAAGUAUGCUGGUCUGCCUUGGGAAUUGGGUCUUGCUGAGACUCAUCAGACUCUUGUCUUGAACGACCUUCGUGGUCGUGUGGUCGUUCAGACUGAUGGUCAACUUAAGACUGGUCGCGACGUUGCGAUUGCCUGUCUGCUUGGUGCAGAAGAAUGGGGAUUUGCUACUGCCCCCUUGAUUGCCAUGGGUUGUAUCUUCAUGCGCAAGUGCCAUCUUAACACUUGUCCUGUUGGUAUUGCCACUCAGGACCCCGAGCUUCGCAAGAAGUUCACGGGCACGCCUGAGCAUGUCAUCAACUUCUUCUACUACAUCGCCAACGAGCUUCGUGCCAUCAUGGCCCAACUUGGCUUCCGUACCAUUAACGAAAUGGUUGGUCAUGUUGAGGUGCUUAAGAUGAGAGAUGAUCUCCGCACGAGCAAGACUGCCAACAUUGAUUUGUCGCUGCUGCUCACUCCAGCCCACAAGCUUCGCCCUGGCGUUGCCACGUUCAACGUGCGCAAACAGGAUCACAAGCUUCACGUCCGUCUUGACAACAAGCUCAUCUCCGAAGCUGAGUUGACGCUUGAUAAGGGUCUUCCCUCUAGAAUCGAAUGUGACAUUGUCAACACCGAUCGUGCCAUGGGAACAUCAUUGUCGUACCAGAUCUCCAAGAGAUAUGGUGAAGAUGGCCUCCCUAUGGAUACUGUUCAUGUGAACAUCAAGGGUUCGGCGGGCCAGUCUUUUGGUGCCUUCUUAGCUCCAGGUGUAACCCUGGAACUAGAAGGCGAUGCCAACGAUUAUGUCGGAAAGGGCCUGUCUGGUGGUAGACUCAUCAUCUACCCUCCCCGUUCUGCAGUCUUCAAGGCUGAAGAGAACGUCCUCAUCGGUAACGUCUGUCUCUACGGUGCUACCACUGGUACUUGCUUCUUCCGUGGUGUAGCUGCCGAGCGUUUUGCCGUCCGCAAUUCCGGCGCCACCGCUGUUGUGGAAGGUGUUGGAGACCACGGUUGCGAGUACAUGACUGGUGGUCGCAUCAUCAUCCUUGGAUCUACUGGUCGCAACUUCGCUGCCGGUAUGUCUGGUGGUAUUGCCUAUGUUUUGGACGUGAAUCGUGACUUUAUGGACAAGCUCAACACCGAAAUGGUUGAGGCUGGCCCUGUUGAGGACCCUACUGAAGUUGCUUUCCUCCGUGGCCUCAUUGAGGAUCAUCACCACUACACUGGCUCAGAGCUGGCAGCCCGCAUCUUGGUUGAUUUCAACCGUGCACUCCCUCGCUUCAUCAAGGUUCUCCCCGUUGAUUACAAGCGUGUCCUUGAAGAAGAAGCUGCAAAGGCUGCUGAGGCUAAGCGCGCCGAAUACAACCUGCCCGCUGUUUCUGGUGUCCCCCACAAGAAGUCUGAGAAGGUCGCCAAGCUUCAGGAUCUUGAGGAAGCCAUUGGCGACAAUGCUGCUGAGAAGAAGCGAGCUCUUGUUCUUGACAAGACCAAGGGCUUCAUGAAGUAUGCUCGCCGUUCUGAGAAGUACCGAUCUGCAGCAACCCGUACCAAGGAUUGGGCGGAACUCAGCACUCGCCUCAACGAGGACGAACUCAAAUACCAGUCUGCCCGCUGCAUGGACUGUGGUGUUCCUUUCUGCCAGUCCGAUACUGGAUGUCCUAUUUCCAACAUUAUUCCCAAGUGGAACGAAUUGGUUUUCCAGAACCAGUGGAAGGAUGCGCUGAACCGCCUGCUUAUGACCAACAACUUCCCUGAGUUUACCGGCCGUGUUUGCCCUGCUCCCUGUGAAGGUGCUUGCGUUCUGGGAAUCAACGAGGAUCCUGUUGGCAUUAAAUCUAUUGAAUGUGCCAUUAUUGAUCGCGGGUUUGAGAUGGGUUGGAUGGUACCACGUCCUCCUGAGGUUCGCACUGGCAAGAAAAUUGCCAUUAUUGGUUCUGGACCUGCUGGUCUCGCAUGUGCCGACCAACUCAACAGGGCUGGCCACAGCGUGACUGUGUAUGAGCGCGCUGAUCGUCUCGGUGGUCUCCUUAUGUACGGUAUCCCUAACAUGAAGCUUGACAAGCGCAUUGUUAAGCGCCGUACUGACUUCAUGGCCGCUGAAGGCAUCACUUUCAAGACUGGUGUUGCCGUUGGUGAAGAGGGCAACCCUACCCUGGUUGAACUCCGCGCUGACAAUGAUGCUGUGGUGAUUGCCACCGGUGCUACUGUUGCUCGUGAUCUCCCCAUCAAGGGUCGCGAGCUGGAGGGAGUUCACUUUGCCAUGGAAUUCCUGCACAAGAACACCAAGUCUCUUUUGGACUCUGAACUGGCCGAUAACAGCUACAUCAGUGCUAAGGACAAGCACGUUGUUGUCAUUGGUGGUGGUGAUACCGGAAACGACUGCAUUGGUACAUCCGUCCGCCACGGUGCCAAGUCGGUUACCAACUUCGAACUGCUUCCUCAGCCUCCUCCUGAGCGCGCUCGUGACAACCCUUGGCCUCAGUGGCCCCGAAUUUACCGUGUUGACUACGGCCAUACCGAGGUUCGCCAGCACACUGGAAAGGAUCCUCGAGAGUACUGCAUUAUGUCCGAGUCAUUUGAGGAUGACGGCUCUGGCAAGGUGAAGGGCAUCAACACCAUCCGCGUUGAGUGGAACAAGAACCCCAGCGGAGGAUGGGACAUGAAGAAGGUUGAGGGAUCUCAGCAAUUCUUCCCUGCCGACCUGGUUCUACUGGCCAUGGGCUUCUUGGGCCCCGAGUCUCGCGUUUUGGGCGAGGAGAUUGAGAAGGAUGCACGCAAGAAUGUCAAGACGGCUGCUGGCAAGUACAGCACUAACCUGGAUGGCGUCUUCGCCGCUGGAGAUGCUCGCCGCGGACAGUCACUCAUUGUUUGGGGCAUCAACGAGGGCCGUAUGGCGGCUCGCGAGAUUGAUCUAUAUCUUGAACAGUGCACCAACUUGCCCGUUACCGGCGGUAUUGUCAAGCGCAAGGCCACUGAGAUUCUUGGUCAGAUCGCUGCCAAGGCAAACUAAAAAAACAAAUCACCUACAAAAAAGAUUAAAAAAGGGUGUCCCAAAAUGCCAUUCCCAAGAGCGGAUUGGUUUUUAUUUCUCUAUGUGGACUGAAGGACCAUGUUGCUCUUGAUACCCAGACGCUUGAGAUGUAUGGAGCAUUGAUUUAUCUGCACGUUUUGUAUUUUUUUUUGGCAUAGUUCACCUGGUUGUUUUUAUAUUUAUUUUCCUACUUAUUUAGGCUAUGAUUGAAUACAAAUUUUUAGUAAACAAAUAGCACAAUUGAGUUCAUCUGAUGUUUCCUUCGCCCAUUGUCUCGUGAUGUUGCUUGUUAGUGUUGUUUAUGGCGACGGUGUCUCAGUUGCAUCGCAACCAAUCAGGCAAUAAGUGGGUAGCUGCCUGUGGUCGCUGCGAGGCCCUGAAAAAAAAACACCGCAAGCAGAUGGGGCGCCACUGAAAACAACCGCUAGCGA